UCACCGCAUAUAAUACAGCGAUAUGCAGUCUGCAGUCAUUGCAGUACUGGACAAGAAUCACGACGUAUGUACUACAGUAUUGAAAGUUUAUCACGUUAGAAGAAAGUGAUCGAUCGCAACAUCGUUCGUUACUGAAAACCGAGGAUGUUUUGUGCUGUGCAGAAAAUCAGGAUGGUUCCCUCAAACAAUGGGAAAAAAGUUCGCAAGGUAUCUAGUGCCGAAACAGUCAUCUCCACUCUUAUAUUUUAUGUGAAUGGAAAAGAGAUAAAAGAUGACAAGGUUGAUCCCGAAUGGACAUUGUUAUAUUACUUGCGUAAUAAGUUACUACUAUGUGGCACAAAACUUGGGUGUGCAGAAGGAGGUUGCGGAGCUUGCACAGUUAUGGUUUCAAGAUAUAACAGACAAGAAAAGAACAUCAUUCAUCUAGCCGUAAACGCAUGUUUAACACCCGUUUGUGCCAUGCAUGGCUUGGCAGUAACCACAGUCGAGGGCAUUGGUAGUGUCAAAACAAGGCUACAUCCCAUUCAAGAACGCCUAGCUAAGGCUCAUGGAUCACAAUGCGGCUUUUGUACACCUGGAAUUGUGAUGUCCAUGUAUGCCUUGUUGAGAUCCAUCCCCAAACCAACAAUGGAAAACCUAGAGAUUGCUUUCCAAGGAAAUCUAUGCAGAUGCACUGGAUACCGGCCUAUUCUUCAAGGUCUCCAAACCUUCACUGAGGAAUGGGAACGUUCACAUAUUGGGUCCAAUCUGAAAAAUAAUAAAGCCUCUAAUGACUCAGUCUGCCAAAUGGGAGAUGCUUGUUGCAGAAAUAACGGUGUUACAUCUAAACGUGUGAAAACUUGUGAUACAAAAGAUGCAUGUUGUAAGAAAGGUCCUGCUGAUGAACCUAAUGAGCUUUUCAAUUCAAGGGAAUUCACCCCAUAUGAUCCCUCACAGGAAUUUAUAUUUCCUCCAAGGUUACAGAUGUCCACAGAACUAGAUGAUCAGUAUUUAGUUUUUAAGGGAAAGAGCAUCACUUGGUACCGACCAAAUACUCUUGACCAAUUACUAGCUUUGAGAAAAGUACAUCCUGAAUCAAAAAUCAUUGUGGGAAAUUCGGAAGUCGGGGUUGAAGUGAAGUUCAAACAUUGCUUAUAUCCUGUUUUAAUUCAACCGACACAAAUUCUGCCGAUGAAAAAGAUUACAGAAAACAAGACUGGCUUAGAAGUAGGGGCUAGCGUAACAUUGAAUGAAUUAGAAGAAGCACUUAAACUUCAGAUACACAAGAGACCUGCAUAUCAAACCAGAAUCUUCAGUGAAAUAGUAGCUAUGUUGCAUUGGUUUGCUGGAAAACAAAUUAGAAAUGUAGCGGCUGUUGGAGGCAACAUAAUGACGGGAAGUCCAAUAUCUGACUUAAACCCAAUUUUCAUGGCUGCUGGUGUAAAGUUAACAUUGCGCAGCUUGGACCGUGGGAUAAGAGAAAUUCCCAUGGACCAUACAUUUUUCAUAGGCUAUCGUAAGAACGUUGUUGCACCUGAUGAAAUUUUGGUUUCCAUUACAAUUCCUUUUACAAUUCAAGGGGAGUAUUUCAUUGCCUACAAACAAGCCAAGCGUCGUGAUGAUGAUAUUGCCAUUGUAAACUCUGCGUUAAACGUGUUUUUCAAACCAGGAAGCAACAUAGUUCAAAAUGUCCUCCUAGCUUAUGGAGGUAUGGCACCAACCACUAUGCUAGCCAGGCGGACUUGUGAAACUAUGAUAAAUAAGAAAUGGGAUGAACAAAUCUUAGAACCAGUCUAUGAUUCACUAAUAAACGAAUUGCCAUUAAGUGGCAAUGUUCCAGGGGGUAUGGUACACUAUCGUCGUUCGCUGACAUUGAGUCUGUUUUUCAAAGCCUUUCUUCAAAUAACUAAGUAUUUGAAAGUCGAAUUACCAACGAUCAAUCCAUUACCUAAAGAAUUAGAAAACGCCAGUGAUGGUUUUCAUCAUAGACCGCCGAAGAGUUCGCAGUAUUUUGAAGUGGUCUCAAACAGUCAAGAACGUACCGACUUAGUUGGCAGGCCAAUAAUUCAUGCAAGUGCACGCAAACAAGUAACUGGCGAAGCUGUUUAUUGCGACGAUAUGCCAAAAUUUGUUGGAGAAUUAUACUUAGCAUUAGUUCUUUCAACUCGAGCACAUGCAAGAAUCAUUAAUAUUGAUGCAUCUGCAGCCUUAGCGCUUGAAGGUGUCAAGGCAUUUUACAGUGCAAAAGAUAUACCUGAAGAUAGAAGAUGGAUAGGUGCUGUUUUUCAUGACGAGGAGUUAUUCGUAUCAGAGAAGGUAACAAGUCAGGGACAGACGAUUGGUGCGAUUGUUGCAAUUGAUCAAGCCAUAGCCCAAAAAGCUGCUAGAAUGGUUCAGAUUGAGUACGAGAAUCUUGAGCCCAUCAUUAUAACAAUUGAGGACGCAAUUAAGGAAAAAUCAUUCUUUUCCGAUACUCCUAGACGAAUCGUAAAAGGAGACGUAGAGAAAGUAUUUUCUGAAGUUGACCAUAUCCUAGAAGGAGAAGCUAGAAUGGGUGGCCAAGAACAUUUCUACCUGGAGACACAUGCUGCUAUUGCCAUACCACAUGAAGACGAUGAGCUAGAGAUCCUCUGUUCGUCGCAACAUCCUUCUGAAAUUCAAAAACUUGCAUCUCACAUUCUCCAUGUUCCUCUUAAUAGAAUUACUGCCCGUGUGAAGCGUAUGGGUGGUGGUUUUGGGGGCAAGGAAUCCCGCGGGACCUUAGUUGCAUUGCCAGUUGCAUUUGCAGCACAUAAAUUACAAAAACCAGUUCGUUGUAUGCUGGACCGGGAUGAGGACAUGUUAAUAACAGGGACUCGGCAUCCAUUUUACUACAAAUGGAAAAUUGGGUUUGAUAAUGACGGAUUAAUAAAAGUUGCACAAGUUCAUAUCUACAGUAACGCUGGGUAUUCAAGAGAUUUAUCGGCAUCUGUUCUGGAACGGGCAAUGUUCCAUUUCGAAAAUGCAUACAAAAUUCCAGCAGUGGAUGUAUAUGGUUUUAUGUGUAGAACGAACUUACCGUCCAAUACUGCCUUCCGAGGGUUUGGUGGCCCACAGGGAAUGUUUCUAGCGGAGAACAUGAUACAUCAGGUAGCCGAUUUCCUCAAAGCUGACGUUGUUGAGUUGUCUGAACGAAAUCUUUACAAAGAGGGCAAUCUUACGCAUUAUAACCAACGUCUGGAUCAUUGCACACUUGAUCGUUGCUGGCAACAAUGUCUUACAUCUUCAAACUACAAAAAGAGAGUUGCUUCCAUUCAACAAUAUAACAAACAACACAGAUAUAAAAAACGAGGCAUCGCAAUAACACCAACGAAAUUCGGCAUCGCAUUUACUGCUGCGUUCCUCAAUCAAGGUGGAGCUUUGGUCCACGUGUACACUGACGGUUCCGUUCUGUUGAGCCAUGGUGGAACAGAGAUGGGACAGGGUUUAUAUACUAAAAUGAUUCAAGUUGCAAGUAGAGUAUUCAAGGUAAAUCCAGAAAAAAUUCAUACUGUGGAAACCUCAACAGAUAAGGUACCGAACACAUCACCAACAGCAGCUAGUGCAGGUUCAGAUCUGAAUGGCAUGGCUGUCAUGCGUGCAUGUGAACAGAUUAUGGAGAGAUUAAAACCCAUUAUGAGUGCAAAUCCUCAAGGCACGUGGGAGGAAUGGGUAAGCACAGCCUACAUGCAAAGGAUAAGUCUGUCAGCUACUGGAUUUUACGCUACUCCAGAUAUAGGAUACUCAUUUGAAACCAACUCAGGAAACCCGUUCAAUUACUUUACAUAUGGUGUAGCAUGCUCAGAAGUUGAGGUCGAUUGCCUAACUGGAGAUCAUCAGGUCUUACGGACAGAUAUUGUGAUGGAUUUGGGUGACAGUUUGAAUCCUGCAAUAGACAUAGGUCAAGUCGAAGGAGGAUUUGUUCAAGGAUAUGGACUGUUCACAAUGGAAGAAUUAAUUUAUUCUCCGACUGGAACUCUUUUCAGUCGUGGUCCUGGAGCUUACAAAGUUCCUGGGUUCACAGAUAUCCCACAAGAAUUCAAUGUGUCUCUUUUGAAAGGAGCUCCAAAUCCUCGGGCAGUCUAUUCUUCUAAAGCUGUAGGUGAACCGCCACUAUUCUUGGCCUGCUCGGUUUUCUUUGCCAUAAAAAAUGCUAUUCAAAGUGCUCGAGCAGAUGCAAAUAUUACUGGUUAUUUUCGAUUAGAUGCUCCAGCUACAGCUGCUCGUAUUCGUACGGCUUGUGUCGAUCAACUCACCCGAAAACUGGAAAAUCUCGAUAUAAGCAACCCGUGGAACGUUGCUCCAUAAUUCUAUGAUACAACAAAGAUGUGCCGAAAAAGAAUAUAUUCUAGGGCGAGGUAAAUCAGAAUAGUUUUAUGUCCAGAGAAUUUUCGUUUUAUUGCGAGUAGUAUAACAUGUGCGGUCAAAAAUGACAAUAUUUUAACAUUGGUGUUUAUGCAACACCUGCAAUCAAGAUAACGAAGAUAAGAUAGAGACAAAUGAUUUAUUUGUCAAAUCUUCUAACUUUGUGAAUUCACAUUGGCGACUGACAUGCAGGACCGAAGAUAAAUGCCAAUGAAAUAGAUUUCUGUUAUGAAUCAAUUCAGGGAACUGGCUAAUUGUAAGUGUAAAAAUUCAAUAUAAAUCAUGUAUACACAUGUAUAACAAAGUAUAUAAUAUUUGUAAAUAAACAGAAAACCUACGUUUUUUUUUCACCUA